UAUAUAUUUUUUUUAACACAUUUUGUACUUUUUUAUACGAUGGACUUUGCAUCAAUUGACACGGUAUACGAAAACCUAUUUUCCACUCAAAAUUUAAUAGAUCUGCAGCAGCAACAAUUAGAUAAACAAAAUUAUAUGGAAAUGCCAAAUACAACGGCAGCAGGGUUAGGAGAUUUAGAUAUGUAUAGAUUUGAGAAUGGCGGCGGCGAUGCUCGCGGCUCACUGCUCUUGGAUGAAGAGUAUUGCUCAACCUACAAUAAUGAUGGAGUCGAUGCUACCAUGGGUGCCGAACAGAAUUUGGCAGCGCCAGCGGCGCCAUCAUUUUUGCAGAUGAAUGAUAGGAAUGCGGAUGAUCUGUUUACUGCGAUCACGGGCCAUUCUCAAAGCGAUUGUCCAUGGAGCAGCUACUUUGGUGUGGCCAAGCCGGUACCCUCACUCAAGUAUGGAGAGGAAACAUUUGUGCUUCGCCCGGAUACGGUAUUCGUGUUGGGCAUGCGCCUUAAUGUGACCAAGAACGACAUCACUCUGUUCUUUGGCAAGAUGGGCAACAUAAAGAUCGACGAGAUCAGUAUGAAGCCAAAGAUCUUUGUGUAUAAGAACAAAUUGACAGGUCGUUCCAAAGGCGAAGCAACAAUUACUUAUACCUCUCCACAGGCUGCCACGGCAGCCAUAAAUUAUUUAAAUGGGUCUAGAUUUUUGGGCCACUUGAUCAGCGUAGUGCCGGCCUAUUUGUCCACACGUCCCGGCAACAGCGUUCGUUAUUGCUAUGCCCAGGAGUCGGGAGCCGAGCAGCAGCGUCGCCAGCGACAGAAGAAAUGGAAGCCUGCAGUUGAUAACUGGCUGUGUAAAAUAUGUCACAACAGCAAUUUUGUCUGGCGCUCUGAUUGCAAUCGCUGCAAGGUCAACAAGAAAGAUGCAAUGACUCCCAAGGAGUCGCUACGUUCACACUGGCGUCCCUGGAAGAACGAUUGGACUUGUAGCUACUGUUUAAAUGUCAACUUUUGGUAUAGACAGAAUUGCAAUCGUUGCUGUGCCCCACAAUCCGAUCCAAGCCCUAGCUCCAAUUCAGAUAAAGAUAAGUGGGAGCUGGUGGUGAGUAAUACUUCAAUGGUCUAAGUACCAAGACAUGUACUACCAGUUGGAACAUUUUGGCAAUAUCGCAGGUGAAAUACAAAUACGAUUGCAGUUAUAGAGCCAACUAAACAAAGAAGCAAACAAAACUUUGUCAGCAAUGGGACGUACCCAUAAGCAUUCAAAAUUUUGUGUACAGCAAAUGUUUAUAAUAAAAGUGGCGCCUAUAUAUGUAAAUCUAAAU